CCUCUGGGCGGACUCUUCCACUCUCACCACCGCCUCUUUCCCAACUGCACUGGGACAGAUUUAUGCUCCAGCUUUUUUAUUUAUGAGCGCCAGUCCACCCUCCAGGAGCUCGCUAGGACGGUGUGACCCCGUAAAUGAAGUGUGGAGACGACAUGGGAAGCCCCGUGUACCCGAGAUGACCGAUGAUUUGGUCCAAAUAAUCACUACUUUUUUGUCGCCAGAGAGGGAAACUUGAAACAGGGCUUGCUUUUGGAGUUCCACCUCCCCUCCUCUCUCCCCGUAGGAUUUGAUUCAAAGGCGAAAACCAAGAUGGCCGCCGAUUCCGUGCAGGGGGACGCCAGAGGCCAGCUGGUGGCGGAGCGACUGGGUCUGGGACACAACCUGGACCUGUCCGACACCAUGGUCCAACAGAAGCUGGACGAGAUCAAGGAGCAGAUCCGACGCGAGAUCCGCAAGGAGCUGAAGAUCAAAGAAGGUGCAGAGAACCUGCGAAAGGUCACCACAGACAAGAAGAGCCUGGCUUAUGUUGACAACAUGCUGAAAGAAUCUAACAAGAAGGUUGAGGAGCUUCACCAGGAGCUGCAGGAGCUCAACGCCCACAUUGUGGUCAAAGACCCUGAAGAACUGUUAGAAUUCCCUUUGACCCCAGAUACGCCCAACAGUGAGGCGAGAAUGUGCACCAGCAGCAGCCGCCUGGCCGCCCUGAAAAGACAGAAUGACAUCGAGCUCAAGGUCAAACAGGGUGCCGAGAACAUGAUUCAGAUGUACUCCAACGGGUCCUCCAAGGAUCGUAAGUUGCUAGCGACUGCCCAGCAGAUGCUACAGGACAGCAAGACAAAGAUCGAGUUCAUCAGGAUGCAGAUCCUCAAGGCCAGCCAGGCCAGCGAGCUCAACUUCGAGAACAAUGACGUGAUGGACAAGCCCAUCAUCAGCCCGUUGGACCUGCGGGUGGAGGAGCUGUGUCACCAUGCCAAGAUAGAGUCCGCUGUGGCCGAGGGAGCCAAGAAUGUCAUGAAACUCCUGGGCUCGGGAAAAGUCACAGAAAAAAGAGCACAUUCAGAGGCCCAAGCUCGUUUUAACGAGUCCAGUCAAAAGCUCGACCUCCUGAGAUAUUCUUUGGAGCAGCGCCUCAACGAGUUGCCUAAAAACCACCCUCGUAGCAGCAGUAUCGUGGAAGAGUUGUCCCUGCUGUCCUCACCGGUCCUCAGUCCCAGAUCCAGCCUCAUCUCCGCACAGAACCAGUACAGCACCGUGACUAAGCCCGCCGCACUCACAGGCACGUUAGACGUCAGGCUCAUGGGCUGUCAGGACCUUCUGGAAAAUGUCCCGGGUCGUUCCAAAGCGGCGUCUGUCCCGCUGCCUGGCUGGAGCCCCAGCGAGACACGCUCAUCCUUCAUUAGCCGAGCGAACCGAAACCGCGGUGUGAGCUCACGGAACAUGACAAAGAGCGAGGAGCUCUCCAAUGAGAUCAGUGCAGUGUUGAAGCUGGACAACACGGUAGUCGGCCAGACAAGCUGGAGGUCUGUCAGCAACCAGGCCUGGGACCAGAAGUUUACAUUGGAGCUGGACCGGUCUCGUGAGCUGGAGAUCUCAGUGUACUGGCGUGACUGGCGUUCACUCUGUGCUGUCAAGUUCCUGCGGCUGGAGGACUUCCUGGACAACCAGCGUCAUGGGAUGUGUCUGUACCUAGAGCCACAGGGGAUGCUGUUUGCUGAGGUAACGUUUUUUAAUCCUGUCAUUGAGAGACGACCAAAGCUGCAAAGACAAAAGAAGAUUUUCUCGAAGCAGCAAGGUAAAACCUUUCUGCGAGCCCCUCAGAUGAACAUCAACAUCGCUACGUGGGGCCGCCUGGUGAGAAGAGCCAUACCGACCGUCAGCACCAACUCCUUCAGCCCGCAGGCGGCUGAGACCGGGCACAGCAGCCUGCCUGGUUCACCCACACCCAGCAGCGACCCGCUGGUGACUAAGCUGGACUUUGACAAAGAGCCCACCCCAGGACCAAAACACUACCCAGUACCCGAUGACAUCCGAGAACCGCUGGUCCAGGAUAAGAUGCCCGAUAAGGAGGAAGUACAGGAUGCACUCGCCUCGUUCGACUUCUUGAACAAGAGAAACAGCGUAGCGGUGAAGCCAGACCUGGACAGAGUGGUGGAGCAGGAGAUCCAGCAUCAAGACCUGGAGCUUACCGUCAUCCAGAAAGACUCAGAGAUAAGGGAAGAAGAGCAGUUCCACUUCAGUCUCCAAGACUUCAAAUGUGUGGCAGUCCUUGGACGUGGUCACUUUGGAAAGGUGUUGCUGGCAGAAUAUAAAAGCACAGGAGAGAUGUUUGCUAUCAAAGCUCUCAAGAAAGGAGACAUCGUGGCUCGCGAUGAGGUGGACAGUCUGAUGUGCGAGAAGAGGAUUUUCGAGACGGUCAACAGUGUCCGCCACCCGUUCCUGGUCAACCUGUUUGCGUGUUUCCAGACACAAGAGCAUGUUUGCUUUGUCAUGGAGUAUGCGGCGGGAGGCGACCUGAUGAUGCACAUCCACGCUGAUGUUUUCUCUGAGCCCAGGGCCAUAUUUUAUGCAGCCUGCGUCGUAUUGGGAUUGCAGUUCUUACAUGACCAUAAGAUUGUGUACAGAGAUUUGAAGCUGGAUAACCUGCUACUAGACACAGAGGGAUAUGUAAAGAUUGCUGACUUUGGGCUUUGCAAAGAAGGAAUGGGUUUCAGGGACCGCACCAGCACAUUUUGUGGCACGCCAGAGUUUUUAGCUCCUGAGGUUUUGACCGAAACGUCGUACACUCGUGCUGUGGACUGGUGGGGACUGGGCGUCCUUAUCUUCGAGAUGCUGGUUGGGGAGUCACCCUUCCCUGGUGAUGAUGAAGAGGAGGUGUUUGACAGCAUUGUCAAUGACGAGGUCCGCUACCCACGGUUCCUCUCAACCGAGGCCAUCUCCAUCAUGAGGAGGCUUUUGAGGAGGAGUCCAGAACGACGACUGGGAGCAGGAGAAAGGGACGCAGAGGAGGUCAAGAAACAUCUAUUCUUCAGGAGCAUGGACUGGAAUGGACUGUUGGCCAAGAAGGUGAAACCGCCGUUCGUGCCGACCAUCCAAGGCACCAACGACGUCAGCAACUUCGAUGAUGAAUUUACCUCAGAGGCUCCCAUCUUAACCCCGCCCAGGGAACCCCGAGCGCUGAGCUCUGAUGAGCAGAACACCUUUUCUGACUUUGAUUACAUUGCUGACUGGUGUUAGCCUCACCUAACCCUGUCUACACACACACACACUCACAUGCACACACACACAUGCACACACUGUGAACCAACCAACACAGCAAUGACUGUAACGUCAUUUAAAAACUUUCCUCUUCCUUGCCCAAUAUUUUGGAAGAGCAACGAACGUGGCUCCCCGCAAAAACUCUGUGCCAUUGAGGGGGAAAGUCCAGAAGCCUCCCGAGGACCCCCACUUAUUUUUUAAUCCACAUGAAGAACUUUUUUUAAGGAAAAGAAAAGAAAUGAAACUCUUUUGUUUGGAGAGUGAAGGAGGAGGUAUGCUUUGUCCUCCUGCACACGUUGUCGUCGUCAUGUCCAUUGUCUGACCACUGAGAAUGUUUUUCAUAUGAACUCCGAGAAGACGGCAACAAUCACAAUCAUGGUAUGCAGUGUCACCGUCUUUGUUUUUUUGAUCUGUACAGAUUAUAUUCAGUCGUAUAUUUUAUUGUUGUUUUUCUCUCUUUGCAAAGCCCUCGCGAUAGCUUAAGGACAUUUUUAUCUCACUGUAAAGUUUGACAUUUCUGCUAUGAUCACAUCUGAAACUGGUGUUCAGUGAGUCUGAAAUGCUCAAAGCAUUAUCACUGAGCGGUCAACUACAGCAAACAUCUUGACUACUACUGCUACUGCUUCUUGACUUGAAAUCCAAGCGAGAGUCUUCACACUACAUGUCGUCUUGUCUCCGGGCCCAGUCUGUCCACAACCUGCUUUUCAACGUCACUGUGCUCACCUUAAGCUUUUAUGUCUGCAUACAACAAUCCACACAAUAAUAAUUCUUUUUAGUGUAAAACAGCAGUCCAUCCAUGCUGCUUAAACUGUUAAAUGAAUUAUCAUCACUUAGUAAAUGUUGGAAAUUAGUUGAUAAUUAAAAAGGCCUUUUGGCCAGAAGAAUUAAUGCAAAAUGGUUGGUCUGAUGCCCUCUAGUGGCUCAUAUUCAGCUGAAUUCUGGUCAAAGUACCACUUGGUAUUGCAGUACCUUUUGGAGCAAAAAAAUCAAAUAUUAAAUUAAUUAUUUUGUAAAAUCCGAGUUCAGUUGGAUUUCAAGUAGUCUUUUCUUUUGUUCCUCAAAGAACAGCUGUCGUUGUGGACCUGGCAGAUGUUUUCUUCUUACCUCAGUCAAAGUGAAAAAAACUAAAGUGAGUCGCACAGCUACAGCUACCAAAACCAAAUUCAUCUUGUCCCAUCCUGAAGCAGCAGAAAAACAACUCUUCAUGGUUUAAAAUAAAUAAAUAAAUACAUCUGAUUUAUGGACAGACGGUGAACCCAAUAACGGUAAAGAUGUGGUGGUAAAAAAUCCAUUAGACAAGCGCCGAGCUGUGUUGUAUGUGGGAACAUACUAAGUUUAGUUGUUCUAGGUCUGUCAAAAUGCCAUUUCAUUGCUUCCCACACUGUUGUGGGAUCAGUUUUUCAGGCUGGCGCCGAGGAACCAGGUGAUUACUUUGUCAAUUUGCAUGUUUAUAUAUAAACUGACUCAAAUGUUGGAGAGCUGUUGAAUCACUACAGGGGAGGGCAGGGUAUAUUAUAUAUAUACAUACUGUAUGUACACAAUUAAGCUGAAAGCACUAAUUCUAUCAAUAGUUUAAUUAUCUACAUUUUCUUAAUGAUGAAAAUAGAUUGUACAAAGUUUUUUUUUUUUUUUUUUUUAUUCUUUGCUUGUGCAUGACGUCACCAGAACAGAUGAAAACUUUAUGGAUGGUACACCAAUAGUCAAGUCACACAACUGUUGCUGUUCACCCUGGAGUAAAAAAAAGAAGGCAUUUCUGCAGUUGUUUGUUGCCCAUCAUGAAUGCACAAAUUAAACAUUUGUAAUAGUGU